GCCCUCGGCUUGCAUCCUGUCCGGAGAAGAUAGCGGGUGGCUACAGAUCUCAUCCAAAGCUGAGGCGUCUGUAUUUCCUAAUUAAAUCAAUUAAACAUUCAUCAGAAUAAGUCCGACAACCGCGAACGAUAAAAACCGAGCACGAUGAUCCGCUUUAUCCUCAUCCAGAAUCGGGCAGGGAAAACCAGGCUGGCCAAGUGGUACAUGCAGUUUGAUGACGACGAGAAGCAGAAGCUGAUUGAAGAGGUUCAUGCUGUAGUGACAGUCCGUGAUGCCAAACACACCAACUUUGUUGAGUUCAGAAACUUCAAGAUCAUUUACAGGCGGUAUGCUGGCCUGUACUUCUGCAUCUGCGUGGAUGUGACGGAUAAUAACCUGGCAUACCUGGAAGCUAUUCACAACUUUGUUGAGGUUCUUAAUGAGUAUUUCCACAAUGUGUGUGAAUUAGAUCUGGUCUUCAAUUUCUACAAGGUGUAUACGGUGGUGGACGAGAUGUUUCUAGCAGGAGAGAUCAGAGAGACCAGUCAGACGAAGGUGCUCAAGCAGCUCCUCAUGCUGCAGUCCCUGGAGUAAACUGUCUGUCAACCAACCAAUCAAACAACAACCAUUGUGUCAGGCUCCGCCCACCCCGCUGCAGCCAAGCCAUAUGAUUUGUGCGUAUGAGUGUUGUCAUGCUGAAAUUCAUCCUCUAACAUUUCACCUUUUUCUUUACACUCGCAUCCACCACAAAGGAUGUUGCCGUUCUGUCCUGCAACUUCAUGAAUUUUCGAGGCAGAUAAGAAUUCGUAAAACUUCCUCGGUUAUGUGACCUGAUUAUAUUUUGGCAUAGCCAGAAUUGAAUUCUUCAGCGAUUUUUAUAGCACACUAGACUUCAGUGUUUCCGACUGGAAGCCUCUCCAAGCCUGUUCAUUAACACUAACACAGAUAAUAGCGUCAUGUGGGCCAAAAAACUGCCAUGGCACGAAAGUGACAGUCAUAUAAUUGCAAGAUUCCGGGGCUGCACUGCAAUAUAGCAUUGAGAAAAACUUGAUGUCCAUUAAAAGAAAUUCCCAUAUAUGUACUAUUAAAAAAAGAAUCAAAUGUUUAAUAUGCUGCACUGCAAAUAAUAAAUUUGUUACUACUUUGUCUUGUUUUCUGGUACCAGUAUCCAUAUAUUGUUAAAAUUCUAAAUACUUAAAGGUGAUAGUUCUUCCUGUUGGUGCAUUUUUUUUUUAUACAUAAGAGCAUUAAAGAUGUUCAUAAUGGUGUUUGCAACAACUAUAGGCACUUUGAGAGUUAAAAAAAACAUACAAGCAAAACAAAAUUAAUAGACCAUUUCAAUAUGGUGAUAUCAUUGGUCCACGAACAGUUCCUGCUUGUCUUAAAACUUUUUCAGAACUGUAAGAGGUGUUCAGUUAUAACUAAUGUUAACACAGCUGUCAUAAAAAAAGAUCAAUAUGGAGCUUUCUGGAUUCAAAAAAGCUUUGAAAAUGAAAGAUCUAAAACAGGAAAUACAUUAGGACCAUUGUUAUUGUGAAGUGAAGUGAUAUAAAUUAAAAUGUAUAUUACUUAAAACAUUACUUUUAAUCCACAGCUUUGGCCAAUUGUAUUUGUUUUGCCUAUUUUUUUUUUUUUUUUACUCUGAAAGUAAUCAUCAACUUAAUCAACCUAAUGGUGAAGAAAAAUGAAGUAGAGAACAAAAUAUUUCCUUACCAUUUACUCGUACUCAAGUGGGUUUAUGAAUCUGUUUCUUCCCCCCACCCAACAUUCUUCAAAAUAUCUUGCUUUUUAUUCAACAGUAGAAGGAACCUCAGAUGGUGGGGAUCAAGUGGAUGGUUAAAAGAAUCAUGAAGGUUAAAAUUAAAAAAUGUUACGACAAAAUCAAAAUAUAAAUGUACAGCAAAAUUUUACUACAAAAUCAAACAUAAAUCAAUAUGUUUAUAUUUACGACAGCCUCCGUUGCUCGCAUCAAAAUGGCGGCUAAAGGAUGGGCUGAAUAUAUGAUUAACGUAAUGUUUUAAAUUGUUUGGGUUAACUAUCGCUUCAAAUUUCCUUCUCAAUGUAUGUUUUGAUGUUAGUACCGGGAAAACAAGACAAAAACACAGCAAGCUUGUUCGCAGUGUGUCAAGUCAAAGUCUGUGAAGGUUGUUUUGUAUUGUGUACAUAUAUGCAUCUAUUUGAAACGUAAUUGUAUGAACUAACCAGUCAUUCCAAUCCUCUAAACCGUGUCAGUUUCUGCUUGUUGUAAUUGCUCAAAGUCUUCUGGCUUUGUGGAGAACUGAAGCCGGCGAUUAGCGAGCGCUUUAGAGAACAAGGCUGAGUGGAAGAAUGAAGCUGGGGGGAAAUGACAAAAGAUGGUCUACUUUUAAUUUCCCCUUUUGUGGCACUGCUUCCCUCGCGCCAAAAAGCUCUAUGGCAACCGCUCAGCCUUGACAAUUCCAUUACAGUUUGGGUCAUACGUUACGAUGAGUUUUUUUGUUUUGUUUUUAUUUUGUACUUGUAUGUUUUAUAUGGUCUUUCUUUUCGUCCCUUCAGCCUUAGUUUGAAGUAUUUAGAUCUGCCUAUUUGUCCCUGCGAGAUUGCAGAUUAAACGCUGAUUUAAGUGUUGUUUCUCUCACGUAUGCGUUUCUGUCAGUGUAUAUAUAACCAUGAAGGUGAAAUAAAACGUACAACUUCAAAUGUG